AUAGCAGACGAUUGAUUUCGUCCAAUGCAUGCUGGAUUAUCACACAGCACAUUUCUAGCGUUAUCCUUAACGACAAGACGUGUUAUCAACUGUGAUAUCAGUCGUGAGCAUAACUGUGAUAUUAGUCGUGAGCAUAGUUGUCAGAACCGUUGGUCAGAAUCGACUGCCAGUGAUGGCGGUGAAAGGUCUAUACAACAUAACGAGGACGUUAUGGUGGACAGUUUACGCAGUGUUGUGUUACUAUUACGCAGUCCAUGGCCACUUCUCAAGUCGCGUCAUUUCUAACGUCGCACUGAACAAGCCAACUAGCCAAUCAUCGACCUUUAACGCUUCCUCACUGGCCGUGGACGGAUUUGUCGACCCUCCAACAUGUAUGUCUACCUCAGAGACUGGCUAUCAGUGGUGGCAGGUUGACAUAGGAUCAGUCUACACGAUAACAAACGUGUCCAUUCAGACAAAUAUUGACAAAAGAUUGAGAAAUUUCACCGUAGAAUUGUCCAAAACGAACACGUCUAACGUGGGAAGCCAUCUACUGGACGCCAUUUUGUGCUACAACUACACCGAGUCACCAGUUCCCGGUGAUGACGUCAUCACUUUACCAUGCCCACGUGACACGACCGGCCGCUUUCUAAGGAUCUCCAAAAUGGUUGAGAUCCUUGACGACGCUUUGACCUUCUGUGAGGUUGUUGUUGAAGUAUCCAGGGAUGAGUGCAAUUUGGCUGACAUAGCAUUAAAUAAGCCGACCAACCAGUCGUCUGUGGGAUGGGGAGGGGUCGCAAGUCGGGUCGUGGACGGGAAUCUAAAUCCCUACUACAAUGCCCGGUCAUGUUCACACUCGAACCCAACAGACGAAAGACCGUGGUUGCAGGUGGAUUUGGGGGAUGUCUACAGCAUCAACCGUGUCUCUAUUCAAAACAGAGUAGCCGAUGGGCACGAGCUGAAAAAUUUCGUAAUAGAAACAUCAGAGACGAACGCCAAAGGGCUAAAUGGUCACCUUAAAAACAGCAAGCUGUGCUACAAUUACACUGAAGCUCACGUACCUGAUGGUGAACUGAAGACACUGCACUGUCUCCCUGACACUGUCGGUCGCUACCUCAGGAUCAUGAAGUCAUCGAGUGCCUUAAUCAUUUGUGAAGUCAUCGUAGAAGGUAAACCGGUUUCCUGUCUCGACCCUACCUGUCAUAAGAUGCCAACGAUCAGACAACGUGACGACCAAUCUCUGACAGAAAUCGUAAACGAGUUGAAAAAACUGAUGUCCGGAACCGGAAGUAGGUGCAACUUCAAGAGGAAAUGGAUCGGUGGAAAUUGGUAUUGGUCUGUGUGGUUCCCGACUUACUGAUUGGACUCCCGACAAACAUGGCACAUCAUUUCACUGUGACAGCGACAAGGAUUACACUGUGACAGUGACAAGGAUUACACUGUGACAGAGACAAGGAUUACACUGUGACAGA